AUGCAGAAGAGCGUUCGCUAUAAUGAAGGACACGCUUUGUAUCUGUCCAUGGUGGCGCGCAAAGAGGGCACCAAGCGCGGCUACCUCAGCAAGAAGACCACGGAAAAUAGCAAGUGGCAUGAAAAGUUUUUCGCCCUACACCAAAAUGUGCUCUUCUAUUUUGACUCAGAACAGAGUGCCCGACCCUCUGGUAUUUAUCUUCUCGAAGGAUGCACCUGUGAAAGAGUCCCUGCGCCUAAAGUAUCAGCUGGAAGCAAAGAGACGCUCGAUAAACAGCACUAUUUCCUUAUUGUGUUUGGACACGAUGGCCAGAAGCCGCUGGAGCUGCGUGCUGAAGAGGAAACAGACUGUGACGAGUGGGUGGAGACCAUUCAACAAGCCAGUUAUUCAGACAUCAUUAUUGAGCGAGAGGUGCUCAUGCAGAAAUACAUCCACCUUGUGCAGAUCGUGGAGACGGAGAAAGUGGCAGCAAAUCAGCUGCGCACCCAGCUGGAGGAUCAGGACACGGAGAUUGAGAGACUUAAAGCAGAGAUCAUAGCUUUGAACAAAACCAAGGAAAGAAUGCGACCUUACCAAGUCAACCAAGAGGAAGAUGAUCCAGAUAUCAAGAAAAUUAAAAAGGUUCAGAGUUUCAUGCGAGGCUGGCUUUGUAGGAGGAAGUGGAAAAUCAUCGUUCAGGACUACAUCUGCUCGCCUCAUGCCGAGAGCAUGAGGAAGAGAAACCAGAUCGUCUUCAACAUGGUGGAGGCUGAGACAGAGUACCUCCACCAGCUCUCCAUCUUGGUCAACUGCUUCCUUAGGCCACUGCGCAUGGCCGCUAGCUCCAAGAAACCUCCCAUUAACCAUGAUGAUGUCAGCAGCAUCUUUCUUAAUAGUGAAACUAUCAUGUUUUUACAUGAGAUAUUCCAUCAAGGCUUGAAAGCUAGGAUUGCAAAUUGGCCCACUCUCGUUUUAGCCGAUCUUUUCGACAUCCUGCUGCCCAUGCUAAACAUCUACCAGGAGUUUGUGAGGAAUCAUCAAUACAGCUUGCAGGUUUUAGCUAACUGUAAGCAAAACAGAGACUUCGACAAGCUGCUUAAACAAUACGAGUCAAAUGCUGCAUGUGAAGGGAGGAUGCUAGAAACCUUUCUCACAUACCCCAUGUUUCAGAUUCCACGCUAUAUUAUAACGCUUCAUGAACUGUUGGCCCAUACGCCUCAUGAGCACGUAGAGCGGAAAAGUCUGGAGUUUGCCAAGUCCAAGCUUGAAGAGCUGUCCAGGGUGAUGCAUGAUGAAGUGAGUGACACAGAGAACAUUCGUAAGAAUUUGGCCAUUGAGCGCAUGAUUGUUGAGGGCUGUGACAUACUUCUCGACACCAGCCAGACAUUUGUAAGACAAGGCUCUUUGAUUCAGCUACCCUCUGUAGAGAGAGGAAAGCUCAGUAAGGUGCGACUGGGUUCUCUCUCCCUGAAGAAAGAAGGCGACAGACAGUGCUUUCUGUUUACCAAGCACUUCCUUAUCUGCACUCGCAGCUCAGGAGGCAAACUGCACCUGCUUAAACAAGGGGGUGUCCUGUCCCUAAUUGAGUGUACCCUCAUUGAAGAACCUGAUGCCAAUGAUGAAGAUGCUAAGACAUCAGGGCAGGUGUUUGGCCAUCUGGACUUUAAGAUAGUGGUGGAACCUACAGACGCUCCUGCCUUCACAGUGGUGCUUCUGGCUCCAUCGCGCCAAGAGAAAGCUGCCUGGACCAGCGAUAUUAGCCAGUGCAUAGAUAAUAUCCGCUGUAAUGGCCUGAUGACCAGUGUGUUUGAAGAGAACUCCAAAGUAACUGUGCCACACAUGAUCAAAUCUGAUGCACGUCUCCAUAAAGACGAUGUUGACAUUUGCUUCAGCAAGACGCUCAACUCCUGCAAGGUUCCUCAGAUCCGUUACGCCAGCGUGGAGCGGCUGCUGGAGAGGCUAACCGACCUGCGCUUCCUCUCCAUCGACUUCCUUAACACCUUCCUUCACACAUAUCGCAUCUUUACUUCAGCUGCCAUUGUCAUGGACAAGCUGGUGGAUAUUUACAAGAAGCCCUUCACCUCCAUCCCUGUCAGGUCCCUGGAACUCUUCUUUGCUACCAACCAGAACAACCGCUCCAGCAGCAGUGGCAGCGAGCACUCCAUCGACAAAUCACCCCGCCUGUGCCGCAAGUUCUCUUCCCCUCCACCUCUGUCCAUUCCAUCACACACUUCCUCCCCUGUGCGUACUCGCAAGCUUAGCCUCAACUCUCCACUCAGCUCCAAGGUGGCUGCACUGGACCUGUCCAGCCCGGUGUCCUACUCCGCUGCAAGCAGCCCCACCUCGGCUAACCCGGGCACGUCACCUCCUCCCUUAGCCAACCCCAAGUCUCCACAGGAGCUGAGUCGUAACCAGAGCCCAUCUUCACCCGAACAGAGUCCCGGUGCCCAUGACGAGAACACUGAUGCACCACGCAUUGACGGCCUCUCAGGCAAACUGCGUCGCAGCAUUAGGAGGGCUGUGCUUGAAUCAGCCUCACUGGAUAAGUUUAUCCCUGAAUCUCCUCAAGGCAGUGAAGCUGGAGAUCUCUCCCCCUGCAGGUCGCCUUCUACCCCACGGCACAUGCGCUACAGAGGGUCUGGAGGUAACACAACUAAGUAGAACUCGCGUUGUUCAGUGUCUCCGGCCUCAGCAUUCGCCAUUGCAACUGCAGCAGCUGGCCACAGCAGCCCUCCAGUCUUUAACAACUCCGAGAGGACGUGUGACAAGGAGUUCAUCAUUCGAAGGGCAGCCACUAACCGGGUUCUUAAUGUCUUGCGCCACUGGGUCUCCAAACACUCUCAGGACUUUGAGAUGAAUAGAGAGUUGAAGAUAGCUGUUAUAAGUCUUCUGGAGGAGGUGCUGAGAGAUCCUGAUCUGCUCCCUCAGGAGAGAAAAGCCACUGCAAACAUAUUGAAUGCUCUGUCUCAGGAUGACCUGGAAGAUGCUCAGCUGAAGAUAGAGGACAUUCUGCAGAUGGCUGAAUGCCCGAAGGCAGAGUUCUUUGAAUCACUGUCAGCCAUGGAGCUAGCUGAACAGAUCACACUCCUUGACCACAUCAUUUUUCGGAGUAUUCCUUACGAGGAAUUUCUGGGCCAGGGUUGGAUGAAGAUGGACAAGAAUGAGAGAACUCCCUACAUCAUGAAGACCAGCCAACAUUUUAACGAUAUGAGUAACCUGGUAGCCUCACAGAUAAUGAGCCACACCGACGUGGGCUCCAGGGCCAACUCAAUAGAGAAAUGGGUGGCUGUGGCUGACAUUUGCCGUUGCCUGAACAACUACAACGGUGUACUGGAGAUCACCUCUGCCCUGAACCGCAGUGCCAUCUACAGGCUAAAGAAAACCUGGGCUAAAAUCAGCAAACAGACGAAAGCACUCAUGGACAAGCUACAGAAAACAGUGUCAUCAGAGGGACGAUUUAAAAACCUUAGAGAAACCUUGAAAAAUUGUAAUCCACCAUGCGUUCCUUAUCUGGGGAUGUACCUGACAGACCUGGCAUUUAUUGAGGAAGGAACCCCAAACUUUACUGAGGAGGGUUUGGUCAACUUCUCAAAGAUGAGAAUGAUAUCUCAUAUCAUUCGAGAGAUCAGACAGUUCCAGCAGACUCCUUACAGGAUCGAACACCAGCCAAAGGUCACACAGUACCUGCUGGAUAAAGCCGUGAUCAUGGAUGAAGAUACGCUGUAUGACUUGUCUCUGAAGAUUGAGCCUAGACUUCCUGCUUGAAGUGCAGACUUGGCAACAUCCAGCCUGGUCCCAGAUGUGCUUCUCUUUCAAAGGGUUUACUGACACCAGGAUGUUUACAUGGGUGAAGAGUUACCAGUGUUGAGAACAAGGAAUGGAUAUGCAGUGGAGAUUUUUGAUUGCUUGAACCCUGCCAGUAUGAAUUUGUUUGAUUUGAUGGAGUAAAAAUGAAUGAGCGAUAAGUAAGGGUCAGUGCCACUGUCUUACAAGUUGAGGACCAUGGGAGAACAGGAGAGUCUGCGGUGAAGAAUAGAGAAGAAAUGUAGCAUGUACAGCAGCGAAACUCUAUGCCAGGGCUUACAAA